GGCACGAUGUCCUGUCAGCCACAAUAAAUCAAAGUGCAGUUUAAUGAGAGCUGGAAAGAAGAUUUUACAGAAUGAAUUCAGAUUCAAACCCGCUGUGACGCAUGCAUGGAGAGAGGAAAAAAAAAUACUUCAUGGGAAAAGAACAAAUACCUUGUUUGCUAUAAUAAAACUCAUUCCCUGGUUUAUUCUGUUAAUAAUUAGUGCCUGUGCUGUGGGGGACAGACUGCCUGCUAGACUAAGUGGUAUGUGAUUGUAGCACAGAGCAGCAACAUUCAACAUAGACCUCACAGGGUACAGAACUGUGCACAGUAUGGGAACGAGUCUAGUCUUUCUUUAAAGGGCAGAUACAUUUGCCUGAUAUACAGUAUUGAUCCUUUCUUCUUUACAUUUUAUAAUUCACCUUUAGGACAUAUUCUUUCCAAAGCUAAGCUCUAGGUAGUGUAUUGAUGGCAGUGAUUGCCAAGGAGAGCUGGCUUCUCCUUAAACCAUGACUGAGAGCAGCCAGACGAGGAGGCUGAGUCGAGCCAAACUGGUGGUCCUGGGGCAGGAUAACUGUGGCAAAACUGCUCUGUGUGUCAGAUUCAUCACCAAGCGCUUUAUUGGAGAAUAUGACCAUAAAAAAGCGGUAACAUACAGGUGUAGAAAAGUAGUGGAUAAAGAAGCAAUUGACCUUGAGAUACUGGACACAGCAAAUAAAAAGUGUGUAGGACCAGCUGCCAGCUCUCUGGAGAGCUCCAUCAAGUGGGGGGAUGGCUUCCUCAUCAUGUACUCUGUGACGGACCGCAGCAGCUUCGAGUCUGUGUCCCGCCUCAAGAGGCUCAUAGACCACGUCAAGCAGACCCUAGGUAUACCCACGGUUAUUGUGGCUAACAAGUGUGACAUGGAGAAUGGACGUGUUGUCAGGAUGGAGGAGGGGCAGUCUCUGGUUAAUGAUCUAAGGUGUGGCUUCUACGAGCUCUCUGUGGCUGAGAGUUUCCCGGCUGUUGAAGGCGCUGUCUGCGAGCUGAUCAGAGAGGUCAGACUGGAGUUCUGCAAACACCUGAUCGCCAUGGAGAAGCGAUCCCGCCUUCUCCAGAUGAGACACGCCCUGAAGAGCAGACUCACUCGCAGCAAGACCGUGCAGUGGUGAGGGAGCGGGGAGUCUGGGGUCCAACAUUGUUUUUCAGGAUCUCAGGACUCAGAAGGGAUGACUGCAGAAGUAGUUCAUUUUUACAUAGGGAUUUGCAAAGACUAAAGCUUCUUUUUAGCAACAACACAGCAAGACACAUAAAGCAGAUUGGCAGGUAGCGGUGAACUAGUCCGUGUGCUAGCAGUAAGAAAUAAGAAAUAAAAAUAAACAAGAGUAUCCCAGAAGUUAGGCAUCACAGGCUCCAUCAUAGUAUGCUGAUUAGGAUGCUCUGUUAAAUUGCAUGCUGUUGACAAUCGGCACCACACAUCGCAAUGAUCUCAAUUCGUUCUUUGCUUAAAGACAUUUCACAAGUGAAAGCAAUGGAGAGAAAACCAAUCUUAAAAAUUCUACCUGUAAUGCGUGACUUGGGUGAGACCUUGUAUAAUAUCAGCAUGUAAUAACCAUUGUUAGCGUAAUAAAUAGCUUAUUAAACAAUGGCAAGAAAAAAUCCUGAGCUCCGAUUGGUCAGCCUUGCACUAGACCCGUGAUGUUAUCCCAGCAUAACAUCAUGGAUCUAGUACUGGCAACCUCCUCACUGAAAACCGCGACAUAUCAAUCCGCCACAACACAGGCUAAAAUUACACAAUUCCUGAAGGGAAUUUUACCUUAAACAAUAAGCAGUUAUGUGGGGCUUAGAGUGGGCUUAAACAUUAACCUGAGCUGUAACAUUAAUAUACUAUUACAACAUCACAAUUAAUACUUUACUAGUUUGUAAAUGGAAAACAGGAACUAUUUUAUGAGGCGGAAUGUUAUUUCCACGUGCGUCUAAUUAAAAUCACUU